UGCGCCCGGAGCGACGAUGACAGCGCACGCACUUUCAGCGGCUCUAUCUAGGGUGUCCGAUCCCAAGAUACUGACAAGAAGCUCGAUCUGAAACAUCGAAGAGUGAAGCAAGUUGGAAGAGAGACGUGGGAGGGAGACUGGAGGCAGAAUGCGGGCGCUGUUCGUGGUGCUGAAACCGCUGUGUUUUCUCGCUCUGCUCGGCUACUGCCCUUCCGCGACCAUCAGACCAAAGGAAGGCUGGCAGGUGUACAGUUCAGCGCAGGAUGCCGACGGCCGCUGCAUCUGUACGGUGGUGGCACCAGAACAGAACUUGUGCUCCAGAGAUGCAAAGAGCAGACAGCUCCGCCAGCUUCUGGAGAAGAUUCAGAACAUGUCGCAAUCAAUCGAAGUGCUGAACCUGAGGACCCAGAGGGACUUCCAGUAUGUCAUGAAAAUGGAGAGCCAGAUGAAAGGACUCCGAUCAAAGUUCAGACAAAUCGAGUCGAACCGAAGAACAUUAUUGACUAAAAACUUUCAGGAGCUGAAGGGGAAGAUGAACGAACUGCAGCCGCUGAUUCCAGUGCUGGAGCAGUACAAGACUGACGCCACACUCAUUUCCCAGUUCAAGGAGGAGAUCAGGAACCUGUCUCUGGUGCUGACUGCUAUCCAGGAGGAGAUAGGAGCGUAUGAUUAUGAGGAGCUCCAGCAAAGGGUCCUCGGCUUAGAGGGAAGACUGAGGAACUGUAUGAACAAGCUCACCUGUGGUAAGUUGAUGAAAAUCACGGGGCCCAUCACUGUAAAGACAUCAGGAACGAGGUUUGGAGCUUGGAUGACAGACCCUCAGGCUUCACCUAAGAACAACAAGAUAAGGAUAUUCAUGGACUUUUAA